UGGAGUACGGCAGUUUGUGUCAGACCACGGAGCACCGAAGAUGCUCCCCUCGGUUGUUCGUGGAACGGGUGGGCCACCCUCGUUGCGUCGGUGGCGUCGCGUGACCAUUUUUAACGGUGUCGUGUCUAUCGUACUCGGGACCACCAGAAACCCUGGAUGUUCCCGUAACACCAAUCGACCGUCCACUGCCACUUCGAUGACGACCGCUCUAUGCGUCUUGCUGGUCCUCUUGCCCGCGGCGUAUCCCGAAAAGAUCUCCCUCGGUGCAAUUUUCGAGCAGGGCACGGACGAAGUUCAGUCAGCCUUCAAAUAUGCGAUGUUGAACCACAACCAAAACAGCACUCGGAAGUUUGAGUUGCAGGCUUUCGUAGACGUAAUUAAUACCGCGGAUGCCUACAAGCUAUCUCGCCUUAUCUGCAGUCAAUUCAGUAGAGGGGUGUUUUCCAUGCUGGGCGCUGUGAGUCCGGAUUCGUUCGACACCCUCCAUUCGUACAGCAACACGUUUCAGAUGCCUUUCGUGACGCCCUGGUUUCCCGAGAAGGUUCUGACGCCGUCCUCCGGUCUCCUGGAUUUCGCCAUAAGCAUGCGCCCGGAUUAUCAUCGCGCCAUCAUCGACACGGUGCGAUACUAUGGCUGGAAGAAAAUCAUCUACCUCUACGACUCCCACGACGGGUUGCUGAGGCUACAGCAGAUAUAUCAAGGCUUGAAACCGGGGAACGAGUCGUUUCAAGUGGAGACAGUCAAACGAAUACAGAAUAUGUCCGAGGCGAUCGAUUUCUUGCGUAGCUUGGAAGAGCUUAAUCGAUGGAGCAAUAAGUACGUAGUCCUCGACUGCCCCACCGACAUGGCAAAGGAUAUCGUAGUGAACCACGUGAGAGACGUCACACUGGGAAAAAGAACGUAUCACUAUUUGCUGAGUGGACUGAUAAUGGACGACCGAUGGGAGAGCGAGGUGAUCGAGUACGGUGCCAUCAACAUCACUGGUUUUCGCAUCGUGGACACCACUCGACCGUACGUCAAAGACUUCUUGGCCGGUUGGCAUCGUCGCGACCCGGCGACGACUCAAGGAGCCGGUCGCGAAACUAUUUCCGCACAAGCAGCGCUGAUGUACGACGCCGUGUUUGUUCUCGUCGAGGCGUUCAACAAGUUUCUGAAAAGGAAGCAGGACAAAAGCAACGUUAGACGGACUGGAAUCCCGGGCAGCAGUCAGAGUACGAACGACACCAGGGCACUGGAUUGCAAUAAUAGCCGUGGUUGGGUGACAGCGUUCGAAUACGGCGAAAAAAUUUCGAGGCUGCUGAGAAAGGUCGAACUCGAGGGGUUGACGGGAGAAAUUCGUUUCAACGAUGACGGUCGCCGUCACAAUUACACCCUUCACGUCGUCGAGAUGACGGUCAACAGUGCCAUGGUCAAAGUUGCAGAAUGGACAGACGAAGCUGGGUUCCAAGCGAUUGCAGCGAAAUACAUUCGUCUUCGACCACACACGGAAAUUGAGAAGAACAAGACUUACAUUGUCACUACGAUCGUGGAAGAACCGUAUAUCAUGAAAAAGAAGUCAGAAACAGGGGAAGUGCUAGUUGGCAACGACAGUUACGAGGGCUAUUGCAAAGAUCUGGCUGAUCUGAUAGCAAAGAAACUCGGAAUAACAUACGAGCUACGAAUUGUUAAAGACGGCAAGUACGGCAUGGAAAACACGGAAGUUCCUGGCGGCUGGGACGGAAUGGUCGGCGAACUGAUCCGCAAAGAAGCAGAUAUUGCCAUAGCUCCCAUGACAAUCACAUCGGAACGUGAACGCGUGAUAGACUUCAGCAAACCAUUCAUGUCUUUGGGUAUCAGCAUCAUGAUUAAGAAACCCAUGAAGCAGAAACCCGGGGUGUUCAGCUUUUUGAACCCUCUGAGCAAGGAAAUCUGGGUGUGCGUGAUCUUCUCGUAUAUCGGCGUGUCUAUCGUUCUGUUUACCGUAUCCAGGUUUUCCCCAUACGAGUGGAGGGUGUUGACACUCAGUACCGGCGGCGAUUCCUCAAUGUCAUCAAGAAACGACCCCACGCUACAGCAUCCCCAUGGGUCCCAAGGAUCACCGCACAUGCCAACCUCUAGUAUGGCGAACGAUUUCAGCAUCAUCAAUAGCCUGUGGUUUGCACUGGCCGCGUUCAUGCAGCAAGGUUGCGACAUAUCGCCCAGAUCAAUAUCAGGACGAAUAGUGGGCAGCGUCUGGUGGUUCUUCACUCUAAUACUGAUCUCUUCGUACACUGCAAACUUGGCUGCAUUUCUAACCGUCGAAAGGAUGGUGGCACCAAUCAAUUCGCCGGAGGAUCUGGCGUCCCAGACGGAAGUACAAUAUGGCACGUUGUCUCACGGAUCUACUUGGGACUUUUUUCGCAAAUCUCAAAUCAACCUCUACAGUAAAAUGUGGGAGUUCAUGAACUCUCGGAAACACGUGUUCGUCAAAACGUACGACGAAGGUAUACGAAGGGUGAGGACCAGUAAAGGGAAGUACGCUCUUCUGAUAGAGAGCCCGAAGAAUGAGUACAUAAACGAGAGGGAGCCCUGCGACACGAUGAAAGUGGGCAGAAAUCUCGAUGCUAAGGGCUUCGGCGUCGCUACGCCAUUGGGAUCUCCUCUGAGAGACUCGAUAAAUCUAGCGGUGCUGUCGCUGAAGGAAAACGGCGAAUUAACGAAGCUCGUGAACCGGUGGUGGUACGACAGAACUGAAUGCAGACACGGUGACAAACAGGAUGCCUCCAGAAACGAAUUGUCCUUGAGCAACGUGGCAGGGAUAUUCUACAUUCUUAUCGGAGGCCUCCUGUUAGCGUUGGCCGUCGCUUUACUCGAGUUCUGCUAUAAAUCUCACACAGAAGCUACGAGAGCAAAGAUACCACUGUCAGACGCGAUGAAGGCGAAAGCCCGAUUGACGAUCGGCGGUGGUCGAGAUUUCGACAAUGGCCGGUACUACGCACCGGCAAACGCGAUUGGCAAUACCGAGGGCGACCAGGUACACAGCAAUACGCAUACCCAGGUGUAAACUACCUGGAUUCGCCAGGCGAGUCGCCCGUCAUCUCCCUGCCCACACCGCCGCCGCCGCCUACGAUGGCGGCCCUGCCGCCACCUCCACCGCCACCCAGAAGACCGCGAAGAAGCGUCACGUUCGCGGAAUCGCCGCCGAAGAGCCCGAAGAGGAUCAAGUUCUCGCCGUUCCAGCGUCGGCCGAGCAACAUGAUGCUAGACAUCGCGGUGCCGUGGACACCGGCGUCACCUCGGGUCUGGACCGGCCGUAUCGGCGACGACAAGCCAGAAUACGUAAUCUAAAAAGAAUAAACGACACCGCACGAAACCAUAGCAACCUCCGUUCCGGUGUGGUCCGCGUCGGGAGCGACACUCUCGCCGGACGAGCAACCGGCGAUCCUCGAUCCGCAACCCCGAGCAACGCGUUUGCCGAUAGUCGAAUCUCCGCGACUCGCCGUUUUCUCGACGCUUCCGGUGUGUCUCGAGACCUGUAAAUAACAUUCGAAUCGGACCAAAUAGUUCCAGCUGUUCGAGUAUUGUCGGACGUUCUCGUUUCGGCUGCUCGGUGGAUCUACAAUACGUGAAAAAAGUACUCGCCAUUUGGAAAGUAACGCGCAAACCGCGUGCUUAAUUAUACGAGAAUUUGUUUUGUCGCGUUCAAAAUCGUACCGGUUCGAGGCUUCGAACAUUCUUCGAACGCUGAAAAAAGAAGGCAAAACCUUUGACACCUUCUGCGAAUUCGAACUUAUGGCUUCAAUCGACUUUUAACACCUUAACCGAACUUGUAAUUUCAGUUUAAUAAGAAAUAGGAAAAUGGGUAUAUCUGGUGAAUAUGUUGCGUAAUUGAUAAAGUUCGCUCAGUUUUCUUUGCCACAACUUCGCGUACAAAAUCGACGAAUUGUGUUCGCACAAGCUUGGCCGCUUCCUGCAAUUAUUUCAUAACGCUCAAAUGAUGUUCUUCAUUGACUGUUCAGUCGGAGGGGAUCCCGAGAGAACGGGCCCACGAUAAUCGAAGAAAACAGUGAGCAUGACCUCGUUUUUGAGCGACUUCGACGCAACAUUUUGUUCGUUUUCGUCCGCUCCCGAAGCAAUAUUCCACAGACUAAUGACUCGUUUGCAUGUCGUGCUUAUAAAACCACGUUUCAUCGUCAGUUAUGAUGCGUUUCAUGAACGUCGAGUCACUAACCAGCCACGAACGUACUACAGUCGCUACGAAACCGGCAUAGGAAAUUACGUUAGAAACGUGAAAAUUGAGACAAAUUCGUUGCUCGACCGCUUUCCUAUCAAAGUAUCGUGACCAUCGUAAAAAUCGCAGAACACACUCGAGGUCGACUGACGUAAACAGCUGCCGCAAGCACAAUGGUCGAUGGAUCGUAAUCGAAUCGUAAUACGAUCGUGAUCAGAACCGAGUAUAUAUCGGUGCUUACUUACGAGCAAAAAUAAUAUUUCUAUACAUGCACCGCGCGGUGCAGGUUGGAAUGCAAAAUUUCGGGUACUUUUUUAACGUAAUGUAAAUCAUCCUCGGUAGCAUGUUCUCUCGCUGUGAAGCGUUCUCGAGCUCGUCGAGAAAGUGAAGAAGAUCGAAAUGACAUCGAAACAAGCUUCCCGUUUGAUAUUCGAAUGGCUAGAAGUACUUCGUCUCAUUCGUUAGUUCAAGCAGUUCGAGUUCGAAAGCAACUGCAGUUCGAUGGAACUGAACCGCAGUUCGAAGCGACUCGAGCAGCUCGGACGUUUGAAUGUUUGCGGCGCUUAGACAGAGAACAGAAUCAAACGAAGGGAAAAUGAAAAAGGGGAGAGAUUCAGUUUCUUCUUAAAAAAAAAGUUCCUCCGUGCCCGAGUUGUGCUUGCGCUCGAGAAACGAAAGCGAAUCAUCGAUUGGUUCGGGCUCGAGCAUGGCGCCGCGAUCGAUCGAAUCUUUUGUUUCAUUCGACGAGUAAUCUUUGGACGCUGGAGGCCCGAGAAUUCGUUUGGACGUAUAAAGAGACGUGUCACGGCUGAUUAGCGAGGACCGUGUUGGCUCGAUGCAUCGGUCUCGGCCGGUUGGACGGCCGACAGUCCCUGCUACCAGCCGGAUUUGUACAUUGUAUAUAAUCGUAAUCGAAUCAAACGAGAACGAAUCAAAAGCAGACGAAGCACAGACGACGAAACCGGUCGCGACAUUCGAUAGUAGAAUCCGAUGGUCCUGGGGCAGGUGCAUGUGCAACCAGCAGCACGAACGACAUACUAUAACUGCCAUUUUCCGUGAAGAACGAAAUCACCCGUACUGCACCAGCGAGGCACAUCAACACGAACACACGUACACGCGAACACGUACACGUAUACGUACAAGUACACGCACUCGAACGAACACAGACGUACAUGCUAUAUAAAUAUAUAUACAUAAAUAUACAUAUUUAACGAGGGAAGAUACACGUCGGCCGGAAACGAAACCGAAGAAAGAACCGCGGGAGGAAGAAACGGGUGUACGAUGAAGAGAUUCUGAUCGAAGGGACAUGCUACAUGUUACGCCAAAUGUUGGGGACACUAGCUCGAGCCGAGGAGAAAAAUGGGUCGAUCGUGACGAUAACACUACUAUAAACGAUUACCAUUAUUCCGAUUACUAUUAUUGCUAGGUUUUAUUAUGGAAUCACGGUUGGUUACGAUGAUAUAUCGUUGUACACCGGUGCAAUUAUUUUGUCGAUCCCGUGAACAAAAAAAGAAAAUGGUAUCCUCGUCGCGCGAAAGGUGAGAAAAUGGGAAAUCCUUGCACGCUGGAACCGCGCGAAUACGUUUUUUAACUGACAAUGGUGUGUAAUCGCGUCGAUGCGUGAGUACUGCGUGUGUGAUAAAUAAUAUAUGAAUAUAUACAUAUAUACACGAACGUAUAUGUAUAUACAU